AUGGCCGGCAUGCUUUCUGGCCGGGCACACGUCUGGGUUGCCUUCCCUGGGCGUUUAAUUCGUGCUUUGGGGGCAGUGACCGGCCUCCCACCGCCCUGUUUUCUCGCUUCGCUUUUCAGAUACUGCGAGCCCAAUCCAGUCUCGGGUCUUAAUGUCACCUUCCUGGGGAACACGGAGGCUGCUCUCACCUGGACCAGUGGUAAUGACACUGUCAGCUGCCAGUUGCUCCUUGAAGCCGCUGGAAGCCAGAAGGAGUUGUCUCAAGACAUAGUGGUCAUUACUAAGGACUUGAAACCAGGGACUCAAUGCAAUGUCACCAUAUUUCCUCUAGUAUCCACUGAAACCCAGAGAGACCUAGAAGGUGGCAUAGACUUCGCCCCUCAUCUGGGGACCUGGGACACAGAAGUCUGGCUCGCUGGGUUAAAGUCCGGCUCACGGUACAAGGCCACUGUUUAUUCUCAAGCAGCAAAUGGCACCAAAGGACAGCCUCAGGAGACGGUGUUCAGUACAAAGUCUGUCGGUGAGGUUUUUGGCAUCCGAGUUGUGAGCAUCAAUGCCACAAGCAUGAACCUGACCUGGGAGAUCAGGAGCCCUGUGUCGUUCCCCUUGUUCAUCUACAGAAUACAAGUCGUCGGGGAGAACAGCUCCUUUAGUCACACGGCCUUGGAGCCCCAUGUGGUCAUCUCUGGACUCACAUCGAGCACCCUAUACAACAUCACCGUGCAUCCUAUACAAAGUGGUAACGCUGAAGGCACGCCCGGCUUUCUCCAAGUGUAUACUCAUUUCAGUGCAGUGUUUGACAUCCACGUGGUGCGUGUUACCACAACUGAAAUGCAGUUGGAGUGGCAGAGUACAGACAGUGCUUCCAGAUACCUCUACCAUUUAAAUAUACAGGCUGAAGUCAGCUCCAACGAAACGGUCAGCUACCAGAAAAAGAUCAAUCUGAGCGGUCUCAUGCCGGGCACCCUAUACAACAUCACAAUCACUCCGGAAGUGGGUGGUGUCCGCGGGAUCUCCAGCUCCACUGUAGAAUACACACAGCCCAGCAAUGUGUCCAACAUUGAAAUAAGUACCAACACCACAGCGGCAACUUUUAGCUGGCAGAACUUUGAUAACGCCUCUGCUACGUACACGUACUCUCUCCAUAUUGAUGGGAAUGCCAGCAGCCCAAUGGAAGUUAUCACGGAUGUUGGGAUCACCAGUAUGACAGUUACUGAGUUGAUACCUGGCUCAUCUUACACAGUGACGAUCUUCUCACAGGUUGGGAAUGUCACUAAGGGGACAUCCAGCUCUGAGUCAUUCUGUACAGAUGCUGCACCGGUGGGCUUCCACUGUGAGAUGGUCCCCAAAAAACCCACCUUGCUUCUCACCUAUGCCUGUCCUCCCGGCACCAAUGCUGGCUUCAAGCUGGAGGUCAGCAAUGGAGCCUGGGAGCACGAGUUGGACCUGGAGAGCUGCACUUUGGAGAACACCACCAUUUACAGGAAAGAGGUCAUGUAUUUGAAUUUUUCUACCUCGUACAACAUCAUCAUGACCACCUUGUCCUGUGGAAAUAGUUCAUCCCCUGCCCAGAACAUCUGCACCACUGGCAUCACAGACCCCCCUCCUCCAGAUGGAUCCCCUAACAUCACGCUGGUCAGUCACAAUUCAGUAAAGGUCAAGUUCAGUGGGUUUGAAGCCAGCCACGGGCCCAUCAAAGGCUACGCUGUCAUCCUCACCACUGGGAAAGCUGAGCACCCAUCAGUCGAUGUCUUGAAAUAUAAUUAUGAAGAUUUCAAAAACGGGGCUUCGGAUACGUAUGUGACAUACCUCAUAAAAACAGAUGAGAAGAGACAUUCUCAGGGCUUGCCUGAAGUGGUGAAAUAUGAAAUUGAUGUUGGGAAUGAAUCAACCACGUGUGGCUAUUUCAACGGAAAGUUGGAACCUCUUGGCUCCUAUCGGGCUAGUGUGGCUGGUUUCACCAACAUUACCUUUAACCCUCAAAACCACGGACUCAUAGAUGGAACUCAGAGCUACGUGACCUUCAGUAACUAUUCAGAGGUGGUUUCCUUGCCUCAGGAUCCAGGUGUCAUCUGUGGAGCAGUGUUUGGCUGUAUCUUUGGUGCCUUGGUUAUUGUCGCUGUGGGAGGCUUCAUCUUCUGGAGAAAGAAGAGGAAAGAUGCAAAGAACAAUGAAGUUUCCUUUUCUCAAAUUAAACCUAAAAAAUCCAAGUUAAUCAAAGUGGAGAAUUUUGAGGCCUACUUUAAGAAACAGCAAGCUGACUCCAACUGUGGCUUUGCUGAAGAAUAUGAAGACCUGAAACUUGUUGGAAUCAGUCAGCCUAAAUAUGCAGCAGAACUGGCUGAAAAUCGAGGGAAGAAUCGCUAUAACAACGUCUUGCCCUAUGAUAUUUCUCGAGUCAAGCUUUCGGUCCAGAUCCAUUCAACUGAUGAUUACAUUAAUGCAAACUACAUGCCUGGUUACCAUUCCAAGAAAGAGUUUAUUGCCACGCAAGGACCUUUACCCAACACUCUGAAAGAUUUUUGGCGUAUGGUUUGGGAGAAAAAUGUCUAUGCCAUUGUUAUGUUAACCAAAUGUGUUGAACAAGGAAGGACCAAAUGUGAGGAGUACUGGCCCUCCAAGCAGUCUCAGGACUAUGGGGACACAACUGUGAUGAUGACAUCAGAAAUUGUUCUUCCAGAAUGGACCAUCCGAGAUUUCACAGUCAAAAAUGUUCAGACCAGUGAGAGCCAUCCUCUGCGACAGUUCCAUUUUACCUCCUGGCCAGACCACGGCGUUCCUGACACCACAGACCUGCUCAUCAACUUCCGGCACCUAGUUCGUGACUACAUGAAGCAGAGUGCUCCUGAGUCACCCAUUCUGGUGCAUUGCAGUGCUGGGGUCGGAAGGACAGGCACUUUCAUUGCCAUUGACCGUCUUAUCUACCAGAUGGAGAAUGAGAACCCUGUGGAUGUGUACGGGAUUGUGUAUGACCUUCGGAUGCACAGGCCUUUAAUGGUGCAAACAGAGGACCAGUACAUUUUCCUCAAUCAGUGUGUUUUGGAUAUUAUCCGAUCCCAGAAGGACUCAAAGGUAGACCUCAUCUAUCAGAACACAACUGCAAUGACAAUCUAUGAAAACCUUGCACCAGUGCCCACAUUUGGAAAGACAAAUGGUUACAUUGCCUGA